AUGGGCUAGAAGGUCUCCCAGGAGGACAACUAGGAGAACAAGGCUGAAAUGCUGGUCAUCUGUGAAGUCUUCAGCCAGGGUGUGUUCCAUGCAUCUCAAAGGCUGAAGGAUUAUCUGGGUUUUGUAGAUCCUCAAAGCAAAUUCCAGCCAGCCACAAACACACUGAGCGAGAUCUUCCUGGUCAACUUCAUCGUCUUCUGCGUGGGAAAGGGCAUGGAGAAGCGGAUCAUGACCAGCAAAAUGACCAAGCAGCAGUCUUCCCUGUUUGGAGUGGACUGGAUCUGGACUCUGUGUGGGUCUGACAAGCAGAUCAAGAUGCAGAUCGCCAUGCAGGCUUUGCGGCUGGCUGAGCUCUUCCAUGGUGACGGCCCUGCCAAGGAUUGCUGCCGGGAGGCCACACUGGCUGAUGAGUGCUUCCAGAACACGAGCAGCUGUGAGAAGCUGGCCAAGUUCUGCCGCCUGGUGGGCCGGGACUGCCUGGGCUUGUUCAGCAUGUUUGGCAUGCCAGGGAAGCCCAAGGACAUCCAAGGAGUCUUGCUGGACAGUGUUGCCAAAAGAGGAGCAAAAAUGCUGCCUGUUGGCAGGAAUGCCCCGCGGCAAUUUGUCACCAGCACUGACAGCUCCCUGCCCACAAAAGACAUGCUGGAAAAUUGCCUGGGCACCAAAAACAGACUGCAGGAUGUGGGCAAUGUGUACAUAAACUUUGAGCAGCUGGGCAGGAGCAGCGGCUCCAUGCAGCACCGGGGGCCACGUGGGGCUCAGCUCUGCCCCUCUCUCUCCCCUCCCCACACUCCAUUCCUUCCACCUUCCCCUCAAUCCAUCGUGUUCCCUUAGCUCCUGUAGAAGCCAGGCUGAGUCAGCCUCUCCAGAUUUUAAAACAAACAGGACGGAUCUGCCAGGAAAUUGUGUUUAUA